UUCCCACCUUCAUUAAAACCAAAGACAGAUUCCAAUGCACAAUAUGUAAAGUGUGUCAAGCCGAAGCUAUCAGCCUAUCACAUUAGCUAUGAAUCCAUGACCCUUCCACAACAUAUAUAGCCUCUCCUCAUCAAGUUAUUGAACCUCCAUUAAUUCACCUAAAUUAUUUUUCUCUGAAAAAAAAAAUGUGGGAGGUGCUGAUGACAGUUUUAAAACUCCCCCCAACCCCCACUCAUGCACGAUUGAAAGUUUUCUGCCAACCUCUCCAUUGAUAUCCAUUCAUUCAUAACGAGUGACUGCAACUUGAAUUGAAUUCUUUACUUCUCAUUUCUUUCCCACAACUUAAAAUAUAGGAAAAUUCUCCCAUCAACUACACCAUCUACCUCUUAAUGAACCCACCAAUCUUUUUCUUUACCAAUUUCUUUUUUUCUUUUAUUUAAAUAUCCACACCAAUCAAGCUUGAAAAAUCCAAACCAACUCAAUCGAUCUAAUUUCAUUAAUUUUUGCAUAUGGGUGCACUGGGUUUGGGGAUUGCCUUUGCACUUCUGGUGUUGCUACCAAGUUUAGAACACCAAGUGCACGGGAAGCAAAGCAAUUACGAGUUGAAGAAGUGUGAUAUUUACCAAGGAAGAUGGGUUUACGAUGCUUCUUACCCUCUUUAUGAUUCAAGUCUCUGCAGCUUCAUAGAGAAUGCCUUCGCUUGCCAGAAGAAUGGUCGAGCCGACGAACUCUAUCUCAAAUAUAAAUGGCAACCCUUUGCAUGCAAGUUACCUAGGUUUGAUGCGGAAGAUUUCUUGGAGAGAUUUAGAGAUAAACGCAUCAUGUUUGUUGGAGACUCAUUAAGUUUGAAUCAAUGGCAAUCAUUCACAUGUAUGCUACAUGCAGCCUCGCCUGAAUCUGAGUAUAACUUUGAGAGAAUAGGAUCAACCUCUACAUUCACAUUCCAGAGUCACAAUGUUUCUUUGAUGCUUCAACGCAAUGCCUUUCUUGUUGACAUGGAACACAAUAAAUAUGGGAGGGUUUUGAAGCUCAACUCGAUCGACCACGAGGAUGGCUUAGCCUGGAAGGAAUUUGAUGUAUUGAUCUUCAACACAUGGCACUGGUGGCUCCAUACGGGAAGAAAACAACCGUGGGAAUUUAUUCAAGAUGGAAACACUUUACGUCAAGACAUGGAUCGCUUUGUUGCCUAUGAGAAAGCCUUAAGAACUUGGGCUCGGUGGGUGGACAAAAAUGUUGAUCCUACUAAAACCAAAGUCUUCUUCCAGAGCAUUUCACCGACUCAUUGGAACGCAAGUUUUUGGGGAAACCCAGAAGGAAGGAACUGCACAGCAGAAACAAGGCCACUGGCAGAGCAACCAUACCCAAGAAGUCCACACCCAGCACAAGUGAUUGUGGAGAGAGUUUUGAGAGGCAUGUCAAAGCCAGUCAACUUGCUUAAUGUGACAGCUCUGUCACGGCUAAGAAAAGACGGUCACCCUUCUAUAUAUGGCAAUGAAGGCCACCGUGGCAUGGAUUGUAGCCACUGGUGUCUUCCUGGAGUUCCUGACACUUGGAACCUGCUCCUAUACACUGAGCUCAUUCGAAACUGAAAUAUUAUUUCAUUACUUUGGGAAUAAUUAUAAGCUGUUUUUGCCUAAUAAACAAAAAAUAUCAUGUCAAAUAUUUGGUUAUUGUUACGAUGAAUAUAUAGUCUUUCUUUUAUUUCAGUUUUAUUGCUUUGGAUUU